UGAGACAAGUAGAAAGCAUGGGAAAUGAAAGAAGAGUUUGGUGGAGACGAGGGUUUCACCCAAGUGUCCCUCUGCCUCUGCCUCUGCCUCUGCCUCUGCCGCAUAAUAUAUACAUUUAUUCAAAUUCAAGUGCUAUCUGAUCUCUGCAUUUCAUUUCCCAUUAUGGAUGAUAUGGAUGAUUCCGGAAGGCCGCUGAUAUUAAACGAGGCCGUGCAGGGCUCUGUCGACCACCGAGGGCGUCCGAGCCAGCGAUCAGAGUCCGGGGGGUGGAGGGCGGCGGGGAUGAUAAUUGGGGUUGAAAUUGCGGAGCGGUUGGCAUUCUUCGGGAUAAGCACAAAUCUAGUAACCUACUUGACAGUGGAGAUGGGGCAGUCCAUGGCCACCGCCGCCCAGAAUGUAAAUCUCUGGAUGGGAACCGCGUCUUUGCUCCCACUGCUUGCCGCCUCUUUCGCCGAUUCCUUCCUCGGACGCUACCUUACAAUUCUCCUCGCCUCCGCUCUUUACAUCCUGGGACUCGCACUGCUGACACUCUCAGCUAUGCUUGCUUCACCAAACAGUUUCCAGGGAUCAGCUUCGGCCGCCACGGGAGGUUCAUCUCGACCUGUUCUUGAGGUCGUGUUGUUCUUCAGCGCUUUGUACUUGGUGGCAUUUGCACAAGGUGGACACAAGCCUUGUGUUCAGGCAUUUGGUUGUGAUCAAUUUGAUGGGGAACAUCCUCAAGAAUACAUAGCCAAAUGCUCUUUCUUCAACUGGUGGUACUUUGCCACUACUCUUGGAUCCUUCAUUGCUCUCAUUAUUUUAAGCUACAUUCAAGACAACCUCGGUUGGGGUCUCGGCUUUGGCAUCCCCUGCAUCUCCUCGGUAGCUGCUCUCGUCGUGUUCUUGCUUGGGACUCGAACUUACCGUUUCUUAACGGUGGCCAACAAUAAGGAGAAACCAUUCAUGAGAAUUGGUCGGGUUUUCGUCAAUGCGGCCCGAAAUUGGAGAACGACAUCUUCGGACGUUGUUAUUUUGGAGGAAGGUCAAGAUGCAAUGCUUUAUCAAAGAGCUGGACAAUUGAGGUUCCUUAACAAGGCCUUGGUUGCUCCAAUGGACUCCGAUAAAGAUGGAAAAACGUGUAACAUAGCGGAGGUUGAGGAAGCAAAAGGUAUCCUAAGGCUGAUUCCCAUUUGGAUAGCAAGCUUGGCAUAUGCCAUCGUUUUAUCACAAUGCUCUACCUUCUUUGUCAAGCAAGGUUCCACCAUGGACAGAUCAAUCACACCAAACUUCCAAAUACCCGCUGCUACAAUCCAAUGCUUUGCCUGCAUUGCGGUUGUGCUCUUCGUUCCAAUCUAUGACCGACUCCUAGUUCCGACAGCUAGAAUAUUAACCCUCAAACCCUCUGGAAUCUCAAUGCUCCAAAGAAUUGGAGUUGGGAUGUUCAUAUCCACUCUUUCAAUGGUGGUCGCCGCUCUUGUUGAACUCAAAAGAUUAUCAGUCGCUCAAGAACACGGCUUAACUCAUGACCCUAAUGCUACAAUUCCUAUCGCCAUCUGGUGGCUAACUCCUCAGCUCCUCCUCCUAGGAGUUUCGAGCGUUUUCACAAUGGUAGGUUUGCAGGAGUUCUUCUACGACCAAGUUUCGACCGAGCUCAGGAGUGUGGGACUUGCACUGUAUCUGAGCAUCUUCGGGGUGGGGAACUUGCUCAGCGGUGUUCUUGUAUCCGCCAUUGAAGAUGCAACUGGUGGACAUGGAAGGUCUGGCUGGUUUGCUAACAACAUAAAUAGCGCGCAUCUUGACUACUUUUAUUGGCUUCUUGCUGGCAUUGGUGAGGUGGGAUUACUUGCAUUCAUGUAUUUUGCUAACUCGUAUCUAUAUAAAUACAACAUAGAAAGAUCAACAGUAUAAUCCUCUCAAUGGAAAGGUGAGAAAUUUGAA